AGUCGCUUCUUGUCCUUCGGUUGGUACUCGUCUUUGUGUGGUGAACGUCAACGGUAUCGUGAUUGAACGCGUUUUUCCGCCGAUAUUUGUGGCUUCGCGAAAAUUGUAUGUUGGAGGUGACAGUGAAUGCAGUGGAUAUUUGUAACAGAGAGUGGAGACCGUUAACAACUUUGGAAUCGGAUACGAAGAAUUCCAAAAGAAAUUCUUACCCAUAUUUGAAGAAAAGUUUCACAUCAUUCGUAUGUGCAUAAUUCAGAUGUGGGCAACGUUUCAUAACUCAGCUAAUUAAAAGAGGAAAAUAAAAUUUGCGUGACCGAGUAGUGUAGGAGUAUCAAAAAUGCUAAUACCGUUCCAAAAAUAACCCGGCAUAUACCAUUGUGUUACUAACCUACAUCAAGAUUUAGAAUAGAGGAUGAUUUACGCAGACUAUGACGAGCCUCAUAUUAAAGCUAUCUAGACCGCGACUGAUUCUGUAAUUGAGUAAUUAAAUGCUGGAACAGCUCUGAAAAAAGAUAUGUCUUCCGCUAAGAUGCAAAAGUUCAAUGCCAAGAACUCCUCUACGCCUCUGAUCAAGAAGAUAUACGAAACGCCAAGAAGAUGGUUGGGAACUGAAAGAAAUUCUACGUUGAAAGCUAAACGUGAUGUUGUUAUCAUUCACAAAAAAACAGACCGCACGUACGAAAACGUUGAAUACCAAAAAGGCGAUAAAAUCAACAAAAAAGCGGAGGAAAAUGUUACGCUAGUGGAUGUCAAUUUCGACAAAAGUCAAUCGGAUAAGUUGAGAAUAGUUAUCAAAAACUUCGACAAAAUACUGGACGAGUAUGCCAAUAUCGGGGUUGAAACUCCUAAUGCCACUUCCACCCCAGCAAAACCUGACUUACCGGUGCCUAAAACCGAUAAGCCAAGUCUUAGAGGUGACACCAAGAUCCCGAAACUGGUGAAAGCAAAGACUUGCAGCAUCAUUGAAUCGAAGUGUAUCUUGAAAAAAAGCAAUUCGCAGCCACUAGCUACUGAAGCUAGCGGGACUUCUGAAACCGAUAAACCACUCAACAAAACAAAAAGCAUGAGCAACUUGGACGGUACCUUUCAGGGUGAGAAAACUUUUGAAAAUUUCGACGAAGCUUCGAUUCAUUGCACUGCCAAUAAUGAUAAACUUCCAAGAACUCCCGAACCCAAUCGAAACUCUGAGAAGGAAGUCUUGUCAAAUGUUAGAGCAAUGGUUAAGAGACUGAACAGUUUAACUGAUACGAAAGAGGAACUUAUAACGUCCGACAUUACUCCGAAACAAACAAUCGCUAAAGCUAAAAGCACUUUGGACCUCAGCUCCAACAGCUCCAACAAAAAACUGUCGAUUUGCAGUAAGAUUCCGGUCAAUACGACCUUGAGAAAGAACUACCCCAGCAUUCCCUGCGAUCUAAACCAUUUAGAUCCAGACAGAAGUAAUGCUCGUUCUAAGAGGCAAACCCUGAAUGGAAAUUUCGCUAAAAGUACCCUAAACUUGACGGAAAGUACCACUUCAAAGUUGUCGCUAGCCAAAAGUACCCAGAACCUUUCAAAAUCCGGCCAGUAUUUGGGAAAAAGUGUUCAGAAUUUGAGCAACACAUACAAAAUGUCUUUAGCCAAGCAAGAUAGCACUUCAACAAAAAGUAGUGUUCAGAGUUUGAAGCAAACCCAAUUGAAAAGUUUGGAUAAAUCAAACAGAACUAAAAGUGUACAGAAUUUGAACCAAAAAAGUCUAUCGAUCAAUGUUGCAACUAAGAUUCCCGACAGAGCGCUGGACAACAGUAGGAAAUUGCAAGUGAGAUCAAAAUCUGUGAGGAAUCUCUCUGGAAACUUCGACAGUGACAAAGAAAAACCCAAACCAGUGAAACCAAUUCUCAAAGUGGAAACUAAUAUAGUACCUAACUCUCUGAAAAUUCUGAGUAGAGGACUACCCGCGGACCGAGUAGAUGGGACCGUUUCUGUCUUGAAAUCUGUAGAGAAGUUGUCCUCCAUUGGAAAAAACGAAGAGGUAACUCCAGAAGAUACAUUUAUAGUUCUCAAAGCUCCAAACGAGAAGGUGAAGAAUGUAAUACAAAAGCUGGAAGUGAAGGAAGAUGACAAGCCCUGUCCAAAACCAAGGCAGUUGAGAACAGACACGUUCGGAGUUCCUGCCAAAAACAGCGUUGCCAAAAACAUGGAAAAUUUCGCUAGCCACAAGGCUCGAGUUGAGCCCAAGUUUUCGAAAGAACCUGUCGCAACAAAUAAACCUACAGGCACUUUCAAGAAGAAACAAAUGGAAACGAUCAAACUGAAUCUGAAGCGGACUCAAGAUUUCCUCGAGAAGCUCAAAGCAGAAACUGGUGAACACACGGAAUACUAUCUGGACCCUAUUGAUUUUGUUCAAGAAAAAAAUGGGAAUGAUAUCUAUUUGAUACAAGGGUCUCAAACUACUAAAGAAGCUGUUGCAGUUCUUGAUGACAAUUUGAAGAAACACCUAGACUAUAAUUCGGACAAUUCUGACGACUCUGGUCAUAUUUCCAAUGAAAUCGAGUUGGAUUGUGAUGAUACGAAUCCGUCGUCUUCCACUUCAUCGUUGAAGAGUUCCGGAUCUUUGACAACGGUUUUGGAUGUUUCCAUUAUUGGUGGAGAUAGCGGUAUCGACUUGACCAAGGAGGAUUUGUCUUUCAACAAAACAGAUAAGAUUUUCUUCAGAAAUGGCGUCAUAUCCCAGCUCGAAACACAGCGCGACGAACGUCUCGCCGGUAUGGUGGUCCACCUUCAGGCACACUGCCGCGGUUACCUCGCCAGAAGAAAGCUGGCUCAACGAAAACUUCAAGAUAUGGCGGUGCGCUGUAUACAGAGGAAUGUCAGAAAGUUCAUAGCUGUUAGGGACUGGCCGUGGUGGCGAUUGUUGGUGAGAGUUACACCGUUGCUGAACGUUCACAGGACUGAAGAGCAAUUGAGGAUAAAAACGAAUGAACUGGAAUCAAUCAAGUUGAAGCUAGAAAAACUAGAGAAUGAAAGAACUAAACUGAAGCAUGACAACGACAAACUGGAAUCCAAGCUCAGCGAGAUGACUGCCGAUCUGGCGGAAGAGCAUUCCACGGCCACUCUGGCGGCGGAGCGGCUCGACGCCGAAACGUCGGAACGUCUCAAGCUCGAAAAAGAACUCACCGACGUGCAGCUCAAGAACAAGCAGCUGCAGCAGUCGUCGGAACGGCUGGAGAUGGAGCUGCUUUAUGCUAGAUCAGACCUCAAUGGCAUCUGCGAAGAAGACGAAGAUGGCGACGGUGACGGAGGAGUGUACAAACAGAGGUACGAAAGAGCCGUCAAAGAAUUAGAGUUCACUAAGAGGAGGCUGCAACAGCAGCAUGAGGACGAUUUGGAGCAGCUCAUCGGGCUGAAGAAGCAGUUGGAGAAGAAGUUAGCAGACGCGUACGAAGAAGUCGAGGAACAGCGGCAAGUCGUCGGUCAGUGGAAGAGGAAAGUACAAAAAUUGAACGGCGAAAUGAACGACCUGCGUCUCUUGUUGGAGGAACAAAACGCCAGGAACAAUCUGCUGGAGAAGAAGCAGAGAAAGUUCGAUUCGGAGACGCAGAUGUUGCACGACGAACUGAAGAAAGAACGGCAGACAAAGGAGCGGUUCGCGAGAGAAAAGGAAGUUUGCUUAGCGGAGAAAUAUUCGGUGGAAAGUACGCUAGCGGAUACAAGGCUCGAACUCGAAAUGAAAGAGGAAAGACUGCUGGCCCUGCAGCGAGAAUUCGACGAAAUAACGUGCGGCGGUAAGACCGAAGAAGAGGUGACGACAUUGAGGAAACAAAAGAUCGAUUGCGAACGCCGCCUUCAAGAUCAAGAAGAAGAAUUGGACGAACUUGCCGGACAAGUACAACUUCUCGAGCAAGCGAAACUCCGGCUGGAGAUGACGCUCGAAUCCAUGAGGAAGGAGGCGAAGAAAGAAGCACAGAUGAGAGACGAAGAAUUGGAAGAAGCCAGAUGUAACGCUCAGAAGAAAGUCAAAGCUCUUGAACAACAAUUGGAGAACGAACACGAAGAAAGAACGUUAUUGUUGCGAGAGAAGCACGAAUUAGAAAGAAGAUUGGCAGCAGCUGUCGAAUCUGAAAGGCACGAUCGAGCAGGAGAUGAAGCUCUUCUGCAGAGACUGAAGAGAGACCUGAAGAGGACGAAAGCCUUGCUCAGAGAUACCCAGACCCAACUUGAAAGACAGAAGGCUGAAACCCCAGGUAAAGCAACAAUUCGACAGCUUAGGAACCAGCUGGAAGAUCUAGAAUGUGCAAGAGCAAUGGCAGUCAAGACUAAACAGAGUUUAGAGACUGAACUGUUGGAGACCCAGUCGUUGUUAGAAGAAGCACACAAACAAAAACAAGACUCCGAAGAAAGGGCCAACGCCCUUUUGAGAGAAAAAUCCGAUCUGCAGUUGCAGCUGGAAGAAAACGAAGAGGAACUGGCGGAGGUUUUGAAGAAGUUCAAAGGUACCGUUCAGCAGAUGUCUCUAGAUCAGAUGGCGCUACAGGAGCAAGUGUCAUUGGUAUCCGAACUUGAAGUCGAAAGGAAUCAACUGAAGGAGCAACUGGCCGAGCUUACUUCUAGGUUGGAAAAUGUGGAGAGCAUGGGUGAAUCUUCAUCGAAUUUGCUAGUCAAGAGGUCAGAACUGAAAGUAAAAGAAUUGGAAUCAAAACUAGAAUUAGAACAGACGACGAGGUCAAGAUUAGAGGUGCAAAUAAAUAGAUUGAAGGAAACUGUAGAGAAGUUACAAAACGACGUGGCCAGCUCGAAAGUGAAGGAGCAGCAAGCCCAGGAUCAAAUAAGGAAACUUCAGAGACAACUGAGGGAAGUCAAAGAGGAGUUGAACAAGAGCUUAGUCAAAGAAUCUGAAGUGAUUAUGAAGAAAAAGGAAUUGGAAAAGAGAUGUGAAGCUUUGGAAGCUGAAGGCGUAACAGCAAGGACUGACUUGAGACUCGCCUUGAAGAGGAUCGAAGAUCUACAGUCUGCCAUCCAGGGCGAUAUGGAGGACACUAUUUCAGACAAUUCCGACAGUGAACAAGAAACCUACAGCUCGGACGACUCUGUGAAUACCUUCUUGUCCAACCACAAAAUGGGAUCUCCGAAAAUCGAGAAGGCAUCCAUAUCAAAUGAUGUUAGGAGAUUAUCCAACUCCGUUCGUUCCAGUACAACUGGCAACCUGGGGAAAGAGCCUUCGUAUACCUGAGUAGCGCUGAAUAUCUGCAGGAGCAUAUCAUUGACUUUCUGUAGACAAGAAACUGGUGAUACUGAAAACGCGAUGGUGGAGUACGUUUGAAAAUAGCAAAAAGUUUAUAGUUAUCGUUAUUGACAAACAACAUGCGGGUGAUAAGCAGCUCAAGUAUCAAUUCUCAAAUAUGGAGGACCAAGAUAAUCCAGAACUGUUGAUUUUUUGAUAAGACUGAACGAUACUUUUUGAAAAUUUAAUUGGUUGUUCUCUUGUUGGAAGUGAAGGAAAGAAAGUGUAGUUGGACAGUUUAAAUAUCAAUUAACCUUUAUAUCACAAACUAUUUUGAAACAGAAUUAAAAUGUAGUGGAGGAAAAAUGAUUCGUUCAAUUGGUACUGAGCAUAUUUUCAUUUUAUAAUUAAUGAUACAGCUUCGUCGAGGGAAGGUAUUUAUGAACUAAGUAAUGGGUGCUCAUUUGAUUGCAUAAGAUUUUUUAUAAAUGACGAUUUCUGGUCAUUUGUGUUGAUAAAUUAUCAUCUUAUAUAAAAUAAUGAAUAUCUGAUACUAUAGCUCCAAAAAUUUCGCUUCAGAAAUGCACUUCAGGCAAUAAAAAUUUGCCCCAAUCGCAUAUUGUUACUUAUUAAAGCUUAGAUAUUUCCAAACUGUUAUUUUUUUUUGUUUUUGUAAUUGUAAAUAAGCUUCUUUCAUGUAAUUAUUCGAUGUAACAUAUAGUUUGAAUAGGGCUGUAUUACUUAAAUUGUAUUUAAUUUUUAUAAAGUCAUUGUACCUAAAAUUUACCAUUUCGUCUGUAAUAUAUACAUGUUGUAGAAAUAAACACCGUUUCUCGUUCCA